AUGAUGAUAACUCAUUCACUUGAGAGGAUCCCUAUAGGCAACAAGAUUCCUUUACCCCAACAAUCACUAGCCAAUCUUAUUAAUCUUCAGGUUCGCACCAAAUUAGCAAGUCCGUCCUGUCAAGAUUCCUCAUCGGAAUCGGGUGGAUUUUUGAGGCCACCUAGUUUCCAAUCAUCUAAUAUCUCCUUUGAAAAUUUUGACCACUCCUGCAUAUCAGAUGCUUCUAGGAGCUCAAUCUCCUUCCAACCCCCUAGUAAGUCUCAUGUCCCAUAUCUUGUAAUGGCACAUCAUAUGAUUAAAAGAAUGGCAAGGCAUGAAGAAGAAGAGAAAAAGAAAGUGAUGGAAGCGUUGGCACGCUUUGACAUUCGGUAUAGAAAGUACACCAGAGAAGCAAUUAAAAUUGCAACAAGUUACUUCUCCAGUUCAGCAAAGAUUGGUGAAUGA